AACCAUCACCUAUAUAUAUAAGUAAAACCGCCUCCAUUCACUUCAUCUCACAAAACAUUAGGUUUGUCUUGUCCUUUUCAGUACAUUCCAUCAUUAAAAGACUCCACAUUUCCCUUUGGAACCAGGGCACGCACGUACAGAAACCAUCACACAUUAAUCCAGCCAUGCCUUUCUUAUCCAAGUUGCCCUUGGUUCUUUUCCUAUCUUCUCUCUUCCUCCAUGCUGCAAUAGCUGAGCUUGUUUGCGAGAAUUUGCCAAACAAUGUUUGCGCAUUUUCAAUAUCAUCAUCGGGCAAAAGGUGUUUGCUGGAGACGUCAGUGGCUGGUGAUCAUGGAAAGGUGGAGUACCAAUGCAAGACAUCAGAGGUGUUGGUUAAUGGCAUCACUGAAUACAUUGAGACCGAUAAAUGUGUUGAAGCCUGUGGGGUUGAUAGGAACACUGUUGGAAUCUCAUCGGAUGCCCUUCUUGAUCCAAAAGCCACUGCCAAGCUUUGCUCUCCUUAUUGUUACCAAAUGUGCCCCAACAUUGUCGAUCUUUACUUCAAUUUGGCUGCUGGGGAGGGAGGAUAUUUGCCGGACCUGUGUGAGAAACAACGUGCCAAUCCUCAUCGUUCCAUGAGCGAGCUUUUGGGUUCUGGUGUGGCCCCUGGCCCUAUUUCUGGCUCUCCAUCUCGAAAAUUAUACGAGACUGAGCUUUUGGAUUUUGUUGUGGCCCCUACCCCUGGCCCUAUUUCUGGCUCUCCAUCUCGAAAAUUAUACGAGACUAAACUUUUGGGUUCUGGUAUCGCCCCUGCCCCUAGCCCACUGUCCAGCUCUCCAUCUCGAAAAUUAUAUGGGACUGAUCCCUUCUACGUUUCUGGAGCUGCAGCUCCCCAGUAAUCAUGUGACCAUCUGCAUGCAUGGUUUUUGGAGUACUCCGUAGUACUGUUCAUGCAAGCCCAUACUAUUAUGUUUAAAAAAAAUUUAAAAUUACAAUAAUAUCCUUUUUAAAAUGAUAUUUUUUUUCUUUUUACCCCUAUUCAUUUUUGAGACUGCACGCGCAGUCCCCCACUGAAGACUGAAAUAGAAUUUCUCUUUAAAAAUUAGCUUAAUUUAAUGAGGGAUUAGUAUUAGUAAAUUUGAGAGAGAAUCUGUCAAAUCAGUGAGGGACUGAAAUUCAAGGUUCAAUCCUUCCAGUA